AUGGAGGACUGGAAAUCUACCGAAUCCCGCCCGCUUUUACAACUUCAACCGGUAUUAUGGAGGGAAAGGGGGAGGAGGGUGAUGCUCUGGGCGGAGUUAAUUUUGGCCACAGUGAUUAUUGUUAAAACUUGUACGGAUUUCACGUUUCUGGAGAAAUUCAAGACUCGACCUUCGGUUAUUCCAUCCACGGCACCGUUGACCUGGGACCAGAUUUCACCGAGAGAGAUAUUGGAGUAUCAUAAUUGUGGAGAUGAUUUUCAGUGUGCUCGUCUGGAAGUGCCAAUGGACUAUGAAGAUCCGGAUCCUGAAGGUCGGAAAUUCGUGUUGGCGGUUGUUAAGCUCCCUGCAAAGGUACCGAUUAGCGAUCCUCGCUAUGGAGGUGCUGUUCUAAUUAAUCCCGGUGGCCCUGGUGGCCCUGGAACAUUACAAGCGGUUCUUUCGGGCCGAAGUCUCCAGACAAUUGUUGAUGCGGAAAAUGACCCAGAUGCUGGUUCAAUGAACUCCGAUGACAAGUAUUUUGACAUCAUUGGUUUUGAUCCGCGUGGUGUAGGAUCCACUGACCCAGCUUUAACAUGUUUUCCUGAUCCUGUUUCUCAGCGGAAUUGGGAGCUACAGGUUGAGGCGGAGGGCAUGCUUGGCAGCAGUCCCGGUGCGCUCCUGAAGAGUUGGCAGCGUACGCAGGCGCUGAAUCUUGGGUGCUCGGCCUAUGAGAUGAACGGGGUAUAUAACAAUGAUAAAGAUGCUUCGAUGAUGUCCUAUGUUAAUACUCCACUUGUGGCCCGAGACAUGCUAACUAUUGUGGAACGCCAUGGAGAGUGGCGCGAGAAAGAGGGUUUGAAGGCACAGAAGGCAGAUGAUAAGCUUCAUGGUUAUGAUGCUAUGGGUGCCAUUGCAAAGCGCACGGAGUGGCAUCGAGACGAAGAGCCACUCUUGUAUUGGGGUCGUUCAUAUGGAACGGUCUUAGGAGCGACGUUUGCAGCUCUUUACCCAGAUCGAGUAUCCCGAGCUGUCCUUGAUGGUGUGGUUAAUAUGGAUAUGUACUACACUGGCAAAGGGAAAAAUGUCAUAGUUGAUGCUGAUGCUAUCUUCGAUCGCUUCGGUCUUUACUGUGACGCUGUUGGACCAACUGGAUGCCCAUUUUAUGCGGACGGAGGCCCCGACGCAAUCAAGUCGGCUUAUUGGGCGCUCGAGGACCAACUACUUAAUGCUUCUAUUCCGGUUAUGGCCUCUUCAAAUCGAGGUCCGGAGGUUAUUACUUGGACAGACCUCAAGGCCAUUCUCCGAGUUGCGGUUUACCAACCGCUGCUUGCAUUCCCCGUAUUAGCGGAGAUGGUUGGUGCUCUUGCCGAGGGGAAUGCGAUCCCUAUGGCCGAUUUCAAACAUGAACGACACUUCAGCUCAUGCCCAUCAAGUGAAUGCAGUAUUGCGGGUCCGUGGUCCUCCCAGUGCACGCAAGGCCUGGAUAAUUCUCUCUAUGCGAUGUCUGCUAUUCUCUGCACAGAUGCCGAGUUUCUGGCGGAUCACAAUAUUGAUAGUUUUACGGAGAUGUGGCGUGGUAUGAAGGAGGAUAGUAAGACCUUGGGGGAUUACUGGGCUCAGAUGGAGCUCGCUUGUGCGGGGUGGAAAGCACGAGCAAAGUAUCCAUUCAAAGGUCCAAUGGGAGGUAUCACCUCACAUCCAAUGCUAUUUGUAUCAAAUACCCUCGAUCCAGUUACACCGCUGCACAGUGCACAACAUAUGACGUGGCGAUUUCCGGGAUCAGUAUUGCUUGAACAAGAUUCAGAAGGGCAUACCACGUUAGCCGCGCCAUCAGUAUGCAUAGCCAAAAGAAUUCGUACUUAUUUCCAGACUGGGGCUCUUCCAGAGGUGGGGACUCUUUGUCAGGCUGAUUUAAAACCGCUGGUCGGUAGAGUGGGUCAAAUGCCUAUUACGACUCAAUUUGCGAGUGAAGCUAUGAACGCAGCCGAUCAGGAUCUGCUGAAAGUCCUGAUGAGAGAAGUUGAAGAGGGAUAUUUCCCCCUUCCAUGA